AUGCAGACUCUCUGGAAGGUCAGCAUAUUUAUCGUCGCUAUUCAGCGAGCAUCUGCGGUCGGCAAUUUCGCGUCGAGCUGUCGGGAUGUGACUCUGUCAAAAGCCGGACUCUUGGAGGCUCAAUGCUAUGAUUCUUCCCAGGGUAUCUGGGUACUUACGGCACUAGAGCUUCAAGACUGCUACGCCAACUACAAUGGUAGCUUUGUGGCUGCAAUUGAUGGUGACGAGAAUUGCAAGAUGAUUCAAUUGCAAGAUAAUCGGUAUAUGGCAAUAUCUGAGUGCCAGGAGUUGGGUAAUAAUGCAGCAUCAGAAGACCAACUCGUUGACCUCAACGACCACGUAGUCAAUAUUGAUGGACAUCUACACUGCCUGGAAUGA